AUGGAGAAAGAAACUGAUUCCUUCCUAGGAAUGAAGAAGCUCCAAUCAGCAAUACUAUAUACUGUGAUGAUGGUUUUUGUUGGGUAUAUUUUUAUUUGGUUCAUAAUGCCCACCAAUACCUUCUUUCUCCAUUGGUUGCCUGACAUUCAUGCAAAAACUGAUUCAACCUAUUUUGGGCUACAAGGGGCAAACAUUCUUAUUUACUCAUUUCCCGUCCUUUUCAUAGCUACUUUGAGCUGUUUAUAUCUUCAUCUAAGAAAGAAAAUGGUUGAUAAUAAUACAGAAAGUAUCAUGAAAAAUGUAAAUUGGAUGCCAUGGAUGAGACCUGUGCUAAUGAAAGGGCCACUGGGAAUAGUUUCUUGGAUGGAGCUGUACUUCUUAGCCAUGUUCAUUGCUCUACUUGUCUGGUCUUUAUGCUCUUACUUGCAUGGUAUGUUUACCAAUAUCAACCAACAGGCAGCACAAAUGAGUGAGUCUGUGUGGGAAGCAAAGUUGAAAAGCUCAGCUCUAAUGUUAGGUCUAGUUGGGAACAUUUGCCUGGCUUUUCUCUUUUUCCCUGUGACAAGAGGAUCUUCAAUUUUGCAGCUCAUUGGACUCACAUCAGAGUCAAGCAUUAGAUAUCACAUCUGGCUGGGGCAUAUUGCCAUGACCCUCUUCACAGCACAUGGUUUAUGUUAUAUUCUCUUUUGGGCAAAGACAAACCAAGUUUCAGAAAUGAUGAAGUGGGCCAAUGUUGGCAUAUCAAAUGUGGCUGGAGAAGUAGCUUUGGUGGCUGGACUAGUAAUGUGGGGAACAAGUUUUCCCAACAUAAGGCGAAAGAUUUUUGAGCUCUUCUUCUUCACUCAUCAUCUCUAUGUUGUCUUUGUAGUCUUCUUUGUUUUACAUGUGGGGUUCUCCUAUGCUUGCAUAAUGCUCCCUGGCUUUUACCUCUUCUUGAUUGAUAGGUACUUGCGGUUUCUACAAUCCCAUCAAAAAAUUCGAGUCCUUUCAGCCCGGUUUUUACCUUGUCAGGCUGUUGAAUUAAACUUCUCCAAGUGCCCAGGGUUGAGCUAUUCUCCAAGAAGCAUGGUUUUCUUAAAUGUACCCGGAAUUUCCAAGCUGCAAUGGCAUCCUUUUACUGUUACUUCUAGCAGCAACUUGGAGCCUCAUAAGCUGAGUGUUGUUAUCAAAAGUGAAGGAAGAUGGUCUCAGAACUUGUGUGAAAGUCUCUCAUUCUCUCCACAAAUGGAUCGCGUAGAGAUCUCCAUUGAAGGACCUUAUGGACCUUCUUCAUUUGAAUGUCAAAGGCAUGAAACACUUGUGAUGAUAAGCGGAGGAAGCGGAAUAACACCUUUCAUCUCCAUUAUCCGCGAGCUCCUCUUCAUAGCCAACAAGACCACCGACAAGACUCCAAGCAUAUUCCUCAUUUGCACCUUUAAGACCUAUGUGGAUCUCACCAUGUUAGACUUUAUCAUCCCAUCUUCAGGCAUCAGUUCUGACAUUUCUCGCUUGAAACUUCAAAUCGAAGCCUAUGUCACAAGAGAGAAACAUCCCCCAACUGAGACAUCUCUCAACCUCCCCCAAACAAUAGUCUGGUUUAAACCAGACUCGUUAGAUUUGCCAGUUUAUGCAAUUUUGGGACAGAACAGUUGGCUGUGGCUUGCAUUGAUUAUUUCAGCUUCUUUCCUCACUUUCCUUGUGCUCAUGGGAAUCCUCACAAGAUAUUAUAUAUAUCCAAUUGACCAUAACUCUGAUAUGAUGUACUCUUUCUCUACCAAAUCUUCUAUCAACAUGUUAUUCAUGUGCAUCUCCAUAGUCACAAUUGCAACUGUGUGCUUUCUUUCAAACAUGAAGCAAGGGAGGAACGCAAGGCCAAGCACAUUGUGCCACAAUGCUGGUGAUGAUAGGGAGUUGGAAAGCCUUCCUUACCAGUCUUUGAUCCAAGCCACAACAGUGCACCAUGGAACCAGACCUGAUCUCAAAAGAAUUUUAACAGAGCUCAAAAGCUCAAGCGUUGGGGUUCUGGUGAGUGGGCCAAAAACAAUGAGGCAAGAAGUGGCUGCAAUAUGUUCUUCUGGUUCGGCCAACAAUAUACAUUUCCAGUCUUCAAGUUUCAGCUGGUGAAGACUAGUUAACUGUAGCUUUCAUUCAAUUAUUAUACCGCUUGGCCGAUCAAUGUACUAAUACAUGCAUAAUUUUCAAUAUUAGGAUUUCAUCUUACU